AUGCAUCCUUCCACCUCGACAUCCACCUUGACCCACAUCGACCCCGCCGCCUCUUCCUCCUCCUCCAGCACCAUGUCAUAUCCUUCUUCGUUCGCGCUGGCAGCACCCACUCCAGCCACCAACUUGUCCUCAGCCCCCUCGUCCUCCGACGUCGCCUCAAUAUCUCAACCCUCUCUCAUCACAUCCUCUGGCUCGUCUUCCAAUCCGAGCUCCAUGUACUCUUCCGCAAUCAUCCCAUCAUCAAAAGCCUUUGACUCCGCUCUCGCUGCCUAUCCCGCAUCUUCCGCCUUGGUAGAUCUUUCGGCUUCUUGCCCUCCAGAAGGUCCAUCCUUCUCCACCACCGGCUUCGAUCCCGACCUCGCUGCUGCUUCCCUUGCACCCAUCUUUGGCACAGCCGAUUCAACACUCAUCGACACAUCCGCGACUCCCUUCUCGUUUCCAGCGCUCCCAGCGUCGCUUCUGGAUGAGGCACCAGAGUACGAAUACUCUGUCCACACGCGGCUCAACGUCUUCGAGGCAUCUGAGUAUGGCGAAGUUCCCUCCUUCUCAUUCGCCGACGAUGGCACUCCUCUACUCGACGCCGCUACAGAAUACGGCCUCUGGUCAACUGGACUCGGCGGUCUUGACGACGGUAAUCUCGCCAACUCGUCUGCGUUUCCAUAUCCUCACGACGAUCUUGCCGUCCUCGACAGCAACAGGCUCGACACACAGCCAAGAACCGCCGCUCACUUGGAUCUCUCCUCGCGACCCGAGAACUCGUUCGGUCCCAGCCAAGAGGUUGUCCUCGCGCCUCGCAAUACCACAACACUGCCACCGCCAGGUGCAGUCGGCGAGGGUCUCGUCUCGGGCGCCAACAACCUGUCGGGCCCAUCUGCUGCUGGUCUCGUCGACUCGGCGCCCUCAGUUCUCGCAGCUGGGCCAGCAGCCAGCCAGAUGUAUCAGCGACCGCACCAGCACGCGAUGGCGAAGAGGUCAUCUCUCGAGGGCGACGACUUAUACAAAUCUCAGGCAGGCCCUUCCCGUGGCCUUCACAGGUCUCGAGAUGCGCAUUCGGCCGCCAACUCUCCCUACGGACGUGGUCGUCCAGCUCUCCAUCCUCAACGCAGCUUGCACAACCUCCCGGCUGCCGCGGGCUUCUCGCCUCCAGAGCUCAACCCGGAUCUUCGACGCCUCUCGACCGGAGGAGGAGGAGUCGGCAACAGCGGUGUCGGCGCCGUCCGCGGUCCUAGCCGCGACCCGAUGGUGCCCAGCCAGAACGUGGGACGCGCGCGUCUCAUGAGUUGGCAGAGCGGUCGAGCGUACUCGGGCGAGCAAGAAUGGCAGCAGCAAGCCAACUUUACCGAUCCCAGCAUGGGCGCAGCUGCGGAUGCUGGCCCCGCUGCUGGACCACAUGGCAUGCCCGACGCACUUGGAAUGCAGUCGGGUGGUAUGAUGCCGCCAUCCCGAUCGUUCAGCUACAGCAUGCAUCAAUCCUCGUCCGGCUUCAAGCCACACCACGGCAUGAACCCUCAUCAGAGCGACAUGAUCAACGCGCUAGGCGACGCCAUGGACGCACGCAUCGACGUCGACGGCAUCGCAAAGUGCCCUUACCCGAACUGCAACAAGACGUUCGCCAAGAAUCGUUCGUACAACCUGAAAGCGCAUCUGCGUUCGCACUCGCAGCUGAAACCGUUCGCAUGCUCGGUCUGUCCGCGCGCCUUUUCGCGGAAGCACGAUCUGGAGCGUCACAGCCGGGUGCAUUCGGGCGACAAGCCGUACGUGUGCGAGAUUUGUGGGAAGGGCUUCCCGAGGAGCGAUGCGCUGCGCAGGCACUGGAGGGUGGAGAAGGAGUGCGGGGACAAGGCGGCCGAGUUGGAAGCGAGUCAGAGCCUCACGAGUGUGCUCGGCGAAGGGUAUGAAGAGAGGAGUCCGGAUCAGCAGAAUCAUCAUCCGCUGUACGGUGCGCCGCAGCAGCAGGGUGCAGCUGGCUCGAUGGGAGGCUUCGCGCAUCACCAGUACCAGCAGCAGCAGCGGCCGCAGCUCCAGCAGCAGUAUUCGAGUCAGUCGCUGCAGGGUCAGCAGCAGAGGGGUUGGGCGGAUCAGCAGCAACAGCAGCAACAGAUGAGACGUGCUUAG